UAAAAGACGCAAGCGCUGUGACACUAAAUUCCACAGUUUAUCAGACAAGUGUAUUUUUCACUGUUAUAAGUAUUAUUUCACGUGAGGAGAAGAAAUCGCGGAUGGAGAUAAAUAAGAGUAGACCAACAGUACCGAUCGGUUUCUCCGAGAAUGUAAUUGAAAGCGCCGCGUAUUUAGUUGCAGCACUGUCGAAAUUGGGCUUUAAUCUUGAUUGGAUGCAAACCAGAAGAGAUCUGUACGUGAGGAUCCAGUAAGAAUGGCUGCCGUUCUGAGAAGAUUCAAAGCCACACAGAUCACGGUGAUCGGCAAUACUAAACUACCGUCAUUUAUUACCAGCCGAUUUUUUGCAAGGUCAUCGAUCCGACAGGAUAUCAACGAAGGAUGGAUAAACAAGCUUUUCGUAAGAAAAAUCGAGCCAACCAAAGAAUCUCAUUCAAGGAUGCUGUCAGAUAAAGGAGUUAUUUACGCCUUGCACACGCACAAUAUUCGACCUGAUUCCACUGAUAAAUAUUUGGCCAAUUAUGAAGAAAUUGUUAACAUUAUAAACACCAAGAAGUCUGAACUGAAAUUGGAACUUGUUGGUUCGUGGACUGUCUUGGCUGGUGAUAUCGAUCAAGCUUUACAUCUGUGGCGGUAUUCUGGUGGUUAUGAUAGCGUUGAUCGCACACAAGUUGAGUUGUGUAAAGACAAAGCAUAUCAACAGUUAUUCAAAGAGAAUGGCAAUUAUCUGCGAUCACGUUACUUACAAUAUUUAUUGGCAUUUAGUUAUUGGCCUCCUCUUACAAAACGAAAUGGUUCAAAUAUAUAUGAAAUACGUAGUUAUAGACUACAGCCUGGUACUAUGAUAGAAUGGGGUAAUAACUGGGCAAAAGCUAUCAAUUAUAGACGUAACAACAAUGAACCAUUCGCUGGCUUCUUUUCACAAAUUGGUAGACUAUAUAAUGUCCAUCAUAUUUGGUGUUACAAAAAUCUCCAAGCACGAAUGGAAACUCGUGAGAGUGCAUGGAGAUCUCCAGGAUGGGAUGAAUGUGUUGCAUAUACUGUACCAUUAAUCAGAGAAACAUAUUCUCGUAUAUUAAGUCCAACUAGCUUUUCGCCAACAAAAUAAAAUUUUAUAUUUACAGAUCUUUGCAUUUGUAUAAUACAAUUUAUUCUUUUUAUUUACAUAAUGUAAAAAUAUUUGUUAUAUUACACAUUACGUUUAUAACUGUAUAAAAUAAGCGCUCAAUAUGAAAUUAAUUGUAGCAUUUUGUUGUAUUGCAAUUACUAAAAUGUAUUUUAAUAAAAUUUGAACUUCUUUGUUACUCUAA